AUGGCAAAGAAAAAGAAGGCAGCAGCAGCGAAGAAAGCUGAGGACGUCCCAACAUCCACAGCCCCCACACCCGCCCUCGCAUCACCAGCAGUCGAGAAGUCGCAGGAAGAGGCCUUGGGUGCCCUGAUAAGCCAGGUUGACAAUGCGGAGACACCAAAUCCAGAACCCACUGAAACACCUGCGCCGGCUGAACCAGUCGUCGAAACUCCUGCUCCAGAGGGUGGAAAUGAGGUGGAAGAAGGUGCAGCUGCAACCACAGAACCAGCACAGGAAUCUGCAGCAGCAAAGAAGAAAAAGAAGAAGAAGAAAACGGGUGCUGGUGCUGGUGGAGGCGAGACCAAGGACGACGAGGCGCCUGUGGAGAAUGCUGGACAGGAAGAGACAAAGGAGGAACCACCAGUUGCUCCUCAGCAAACUGAGGAAGAAACGGAAGCUGCGCGUCUCAAAGCUGAGGAGGAGGAGGCAGAGGCCGCUCGCAAAAAGGCUGAAGAGGAGCUUCUCGCAUCUGUUGCUGAGCCGACUACAACCGCAAUCACUCAGGAAGCUCGCACUGCGACUCAAGCAGGCCCGCCUCCUGGCGCUGAGCCAUUUGACGAUUCCAAGUUUUUUGAUUAUCAAUUUCAUGGACCUAGAGAUAUCCAUGAUUACUGGAAACUCAUUAUCUCGGGUAAAAAAUGGGAGCUUGUUUUUGCGCAUUGUAUUCAUCGCUACACCGACAUACCUGACGAGGCUUUGUCCCGCAUCGAGAACUCGUUCAAAGAACUAGAACAACGACUCUGGAGCGAUGCUAUCCAGCUUGCACGCUGGUAUUGUCAGUAUUCGCGGCGAGAUGAGAAAGAGAAUUUCAUUCGAACCAUGGUCAAUGGGUACCAAGAGAUUGACCAAGCCCGCAGCUGGGUUAGGCGGCUUGACACCUGUUCCUUUGAGGAAAAGGUUCAUUGUAUGCUCGCAAGACAUAUUCAUCACCCUGAGAAGGAGGUAGAGCAGAUGAUCAAUCAGCUUCGCGAGGCCAGUUACCAACGAACCCAGUCGCUCUUUUCCGAGUUCCAUAUUGACGAAGACAAUCAUUGGGCUCUCAAAACCGAUGAGGAGUUUUAUGAAGAUGGCUUAGAUAGUGAUGAUAUGCCCGUUUCGAAUGGGUUGAGCUCAUGGGAUGCUGACGAGCGCGCGUGUGUACCAAAUGUUCUAUAG